AUGGGGGCGCUGCUGGCGCUCUGCCUCCUCUUGGGCUGGCUGCGCGGGGGCCCGGCGGGCGCCCAGCAGCCCGGAGAGUACUGCCACGGCUGGGUGGACGUGCAGGGCAACUACCACGAGGGUUUCCAGUGCCCAGAGGACUUCGACACGCUGGACGCCACCAUCUGCUGCGGCUCCUGCGCGCUGCGCUACUGCUGCGCCGCGGCCGACGCCAGGCUGGAGCAGGGCGGCUGCACCAACGACCGCGGCGAGCUGGAGCACCCGGGCAUCACGGCGCAGCCUGUCUACGUUCCCUUCCUGAUUGUUGGCUCCAUCUUCAUUGCCUUCAUCAUCCUAGGCUCUUUAGUGGCUAUUUAUUGCUGCACCUGCUUGAGACCUAAGGAACCCUCGCAGCAGCCAAUCCGCUUCUCACUCCGCAGCUAUCAGACAGAGACUCUCCCCAUGAUCUUGACUUCUACGAACCUCAGGGCACCUUCCAGGCAGUCCAGCACGGCCACCAGCUCUAGCUCCACUGGGGGCUCCAUCCGAAGGUUCUCCUUUGCCCGGGCAGAACCAGGCUGCCUGGUGCCCUCACCACCCCCACCUUACACCACAGGCCACCCAAUCCACUUGACCCAGCCGUCCGGAUUCCUGGUGUCACCCCAGUACUUCGCUUAUCCGCUCCAGCAGGAGCCCCCGCUGCCCGGGAAGAGCUGUCCAGAUUUCAGUUCCAGUUGA